AUGUCAUCCGCUGUCGUGCAAAACGAUGACCUUAACAUGGAGCCCACCCUCCAGCCGCUUCUCGACCAAAAAACCCUCCGCUGGGUAUUCGUCGGUGGUAAAGGUGGUGUCGGAAAGACGACAACUUCCUGUUCUCUCGCGAUCCAGCUCGCCAAAGCCCGCAAGUCCGUUCUGCUCAUCUCGACCGACCCCGCGCACAACCUGAGUGAUGCCUUUGGUCAAAAGUUUGGCAAGGAGGCCCGGCUUGUCGAUGGAUUUGACAACCUCAGUGCUAUGGAGAUUGACCCCAAUGGGAGUCUGCAGGAUUUGUUGGCCAAUGGGGAGCAGCAGGGUGAUGACCCCAUGGCUGGAUUCGGUGUUGGGAAUAUGAUGCAGGAUUUAGCUUUCAGUAUCCCUGGCGUCGAUGAAGCCAUGUCGUUCGCAGAAGUCCUGAAGCAAGUCAAGUCCCUCUCCUAUGAGGUUAUUGUCUUCGAUACCGCCCCAACCGGUCACACCCUCCGAUUCCUCCAAUUCCCCACCGUGCUCGAAAAGGCCCUGGGCAAGCUCUCGCAGCUGUCGUCGCAGUUUGGUCCGAUGUUGAACUCGAUUCUCGGGGCCCGUGGUGGCCUCCCCGGAGGACAGAACAUGGAUGAACUCAUGGGCAAGAUGGAAUCUCUGCGGGAAACAAUUGGCGAGGUCAACACCCAGUUCAAGAACCCUGAUCUGACCACCUUCGUUUGCGUCUGCAUUGCCGAAUUCUUGUCUCUCUAUGAAACUGAGCGUAUGAUCCAAGAAUUGACGAGCUACGGCAUCGACACGCAUUCCAUUGUCGUCAACCAAUUGUUGUUCCCCAAGAAAGAGAACGACUGCGAGCAAUGCAAUGCUCGGAGAAAGAUGCAGCAGAAGUACCUCGAGCAGAUCGAGGACCUCUACGAGGACUUCAACGUCGUUCGCAUGCCGUUGUUAGUCGAGGAAGUUCGAGGAAAGGAGAAGCUGGAAAACUUCAGCGAAUUGCUCACGCACCCGUACGCUCCUCCGCAGUAA